GUAGCAAUGAAGAUACUGAUCGCCGUGUUGUUGGUCGCCUUCGUGGCAGCAGAGCAGAAGCGCGAGGCUGAGCCUUCCUUCGGCCUCCACUACCCUCUGGCCUACGGGAUCUACCCAUAUGCCAGGCAUUCCUACCUCAGCACCCACGGCCACAUCCUUCACAAGCGCGACGCCGAAGCCGACCCUGGCUACCUAUUGGGAGCAGGUCUUGGCCUAGGCAACGCCUAUGGCUAUGGACUCACUUAUGGCCUUGGUCAGGGUUAUGGCUAUGGAUAUCCAUUAGGUCACGUCUCCUACCACGCCGCCGGCCACUCUAUCGGCAAGCGAGAGGCUGAACCUGGCUUCGCACCUGGUCUUCUCAGUCAUGGAGCAUCCUACGGCUACACCCCCUCUCUCCUCUAUCCAGGGAUCGCCCAUUCCUACCAAUACAACCGCGGUUUCACUCCGCUUAUCUACGGAUAAUGAGACUAUAUGACAUUGUUCUUCCUCCAGAUAUAAUUAAAUAUAUGCAUUGCAUAAUAGAAAUUUGCACAAUAACUAUCACAUAUAUAAUGUCUUUAAUUCAUUAAAAAUACUAUCAAUA